AGGUUCAAGUGGAAGAGGGAAAUUCUCAGCAAAAGAGAAAAACGGAGAAGAGGGAAAGAAAGGAUACUCAACACUGAAAGAGAGAGAGCACGAGAGAACGAGGAAGGCUGAACUUUCUACACUGAAUGAGAUUGUUUCGUCAUAUCAAGCUUUGAUUUCAGUCUCACCCAAGGCUAAGGUGUUGGUUAUCUUUCACAUGGCUGAGAGACAAGCGGCAGAUCAGCAGCAGCAUCAAAUUGAUGCCCAGAUGCAAUCCCCACAGCCUCCAAGGGAAGACAUGGUUGCCUGUGUGAUAGCACUGGAGGCUGCUUUGCUUCCAUGCUUGCCUGCCAGAGAGCUUCAAGCAAUUGACCGGUCUCCCCACCCUUCUCAUCAGAUUGAUGUAGAGAGGCAUGCCAGAGAUUUUAUGGAAGCUGCCAAAAAGCUUCAAUUAUAUUUUAUUGGUCUACAACGUGAGGAUCAGCCAACCAAGGCCGAACAACUUAGAAAGGAGAUUGAUGCGAUGGCAGAGGAGUUGAGGAUAAAGACUGAGCUUAUCAAGAAGCAUGAAAGGUUGAUCCAAGGGUGGAAGAAGGAUCUGAAAGACCAAUUGGACAAGCACAACACUGAGCUUGAGAGGGUGUAGUUACUUGAGCAAUAAAAUUGUAUCAUUCCAUUUGUUGGUAGAUCAUUUGGAUCCAUAAUGAUUUUGCUUCAAUGGUCUCUUGUAAAAAUUAUGAUCUGUUACAUCCAAAUCGGCUACGUAAUUUACAAUAUGAACCUAAAAGAUCAAAGUGGUUUUGUUUCCA